GGGCAACACGAGCAUGACCGACGCCGCUGCACCACGUCCUGGAAGCGCCUCGCCCAGCAAGAUCGCUCAGAAGAUCGAGAAUGCGCAGAACCUUGACGCUGGACUGCUGGGAUACCCGCAGUUUACGCCCGCGCACCGCUCGCUCAUGUCCAAGCACUUGACCCGAGAAUUGUACGAGAAGCUCAAGGGACUCAAGACGUCGACGGGAUACACCCUCGAACGUGCGAUCCAGACGGGAGUGGACAACCCCCACCUUGGCGUCGGUGUCACCGCUGGCGAUGAAGAAUCGUACGUGAUCUUUAAGGAUCUGUUCGACCCCGUCAUUGAAGGAUGGCACGGGUACAAGAAGGAUGCGGUGCACAAGCGUGACUUGGACCCAACCCACUUGACGGACGCCAAGCUUCCCGACGAGUACAUCAUCUCGACGCGCAUCCGCGCGGGACGCAACAUCCGUGGGUUGCCGCUGCCGCCAGCCACAUCGCGCGCGCAUCGUAAGGACGUUAUGAACCUCCUCGACACGGCCUUGACCGCCAUGGACGGGGACCUGAAGGGAAAGUUCUACAAGCUGACCGACAUGACGCCAGAAGUUGAACAGAAGUUGAUCGACGACCACUUCCUGUUCCAAAAACCCGGAGGUGGCACGUUGUUGGCUGCCGCCGGCGCCGCGCGCGACUGGCCGUCUGCCCGUGGCAUUUUCCACAACGACGAAAAGACGUUCUUGGUCUGGUGCAACGAAGAAGAUCACAUGCGCGUCAUCUCGAUGCAGAACGGCGGCGACAUCGGCGCCGUCUUCGAGCGCUUCACGCGGGCCGUCAAGAGCGUCGAGGACAGCAUCAAGGCCAAGGGCCGAGAAUUCAUGUACGACGAUCACCUCGGGUUCAUCGGGACCUGUCCGUCCAAUUUGGGCACGGGGCUGCGCGCCAGCGUCAUGAUCAAGCUGCCCAAGCUCAGCGAAAACUUGGAACGGUUCGAGAACAUUUGCAAGCUGCUCAACUUGCAGCCGCGCGGAUCCAAUGGCGAGCACAGCGCGAGCAUCGGCGGCGUGUACGACGUCUCGAACAAGCAGCGCAUCGGGUAUUCCGAAGCAGAGCUCGUCCAGACCAUGAUCAAUGGCAUUCGGCUGCUCAUUACGCUCGAGCAGAAGCUCGUGGCUGGCGAAUCCAUCGACGACCUCAUUCCCAAAGAACGCGUGCCGAACCCGGUGAUUGAAGCGCCCGCGACCGCGAGCGCCGAAAAGGCCGCGAUCGAUGUCAAGCCGUCGAGUGAGUCCAACUACCCGUACUUCACGCCCAAGCACCGGUCGCUCAUGGCUAAGCAUUUAACGCCCGAGCUUUACGACAAGCUCAAGGACCUCAAGACCGCCAAGGGGUACACGAUCGACGACGCUAUCCAGACGGGGCUGGACAACCCCCACCUUGGUGUCGGUGUAGUCGCCGGCGACGAAGAAAGUUACGCGCUGUUCAAGGACUUGUAUGAUCCUGUGAUUGAAGGCUGGCACGGCUUCAAACCGGACGCAAAGCACGUCACAGAUAUGGACGUGACCAAGUUGGUCCGGUCCGACAAGCUCGACAUGAGCUACAUCGGGUCGACGCGAGUUCGCGCCGGUCGCAACAUCCGUGGGUUGGCGUUUCCGCCCGGGACGACUCGCGCCGAGCGUCUCCAAGUCGAGAACUUGAUCAGCACGGCGUUGACUGCGCUGAACGAAGAACUCGCGGGCAAGUACUACCCAUUGGGCGGCAUGACCAAGGACGAAGAAGAUCAGCUUCAGAAGGACCACUUCUUGUUCCAAAAGCCCGGCGGCGGGACGUUGCUGACGGGCGCUGGCGCCGCGCGCGACUGGCCGAGUGGCCGCGGAAUCUUCCACAACACGGAAAAGUCCUUCUUGGUCUGGGUGAACGAAGAAGACCACAUGCGUGUGAUCUCGAUGCAGGACGGCGGCGACAUUGUCGCGGUCUUUGCGCGCUGGGUCAAGGGCGUCCAGGCAGUGGAGGACAGCAUCAAGAAGAACGGGUUCACGUUCAUGCACAACGAUCACCACGGGUUCCUCGGGACGUGUCCGUCCAACUUGGGCACGGGUCUGCGCGCCAGCAUGUUCGUCCGAUUGCUCAAGCUCGGUGAAGACGUGCACAAACUCGAAAAGAUCUGCAGUUCGCUCGGGCUGCAGCCCCGCGGGUCUGCCGGCGAGCACAGCGCGGCGGUGGGCGGCAUGUUUGACGUGUCAAACAAGGCGCGUAUCGGGAAGAGUGAAGUCGAGCUCGUCCAGACCAUGAUCGACGGUGUCGCCAAACUGAUUGAGUUGGAGAAGGAGCUCGAGGGCGGCAAGACGAUCGACCAAGUCCUCGCCGACCUCAACCUUGCUUAGGACAAAGGCCGGACGGACCGCGACGGGCGCAGACAGUGGAGGCAGCCAUCAGCACCGCCGACGCCGUCGCGCCUGUUGCAAUUGCAUGUGUACCAUAGACCGAUCCUAUCCAUCAACAUCGACCUUCCAUCAACA